AUGGAGGUUCGUUUAAAGAUCCUCUUCACUUCCCUCUGCCAAACUGAUGUUUACUUCUGGGAAGCCAAGGGGCAAACUCCAUUGUUUCCUCUCAUCUUUGGUCAUGAAGCAGGACGGUAUGGAUACGAACCAUUAAAUGUUGGUGAGGGUGUGACAGACCUCAAACCUGGUGAUCAUGUCCUUCCUGUCUUUACAGGAGAAUGUAAGAGAUGCCGACACUGCAAAUCAGAAGAGAGUAAUAUGUGUGGUCUUCUUAGGAUUAAAGCUGACCGAGGUUUGAUGCUGAAUGAUGAAAGUCAAGGUUUUCAAUUAGAGGGCAGUUUAGAUUUUGCUGCUGAAGGUGCUCGAAUUGCUAGUGCUUCAAGAAUCAUUGCUGCUGAAGGGGCUCGCAUUCAAUGA